AUGUCGCAAGAAUAGCCUGUGGAUCUUUAAAUCCUAAACAAAGUUCGCCAUCUGAUACCUGAAAGUUUUAAGAUAGAGAGAUAAAAGAAAUGGGAAGUGUUGAAAAGAAAGGGUUUAGUGUAAAGAAUACUGCUGAAGUCAUCCAAUAGAUUUAAAUUGGAGCAGACAGCCAAGUACGAUGAGUUCUGCGAUGCUUUGGAUUAAGCCACUUAUGGUAACAAUAUGGACGUGAUUAAACAAUUCGAGAACUUUAAGGAGAGCAUCAAGCCCAAGAUCAAAGCCGGCUAGUAAUUUGGGACUAUAAAUGGAGUGGAAAGUUUGGAUUUGAACACUUUCGAGACAAAGAAAGGUAGCUUCAAAACUAAGCAAGGGUCAACAGAUUUAAUUGUUUUUUGGUCAUCUGAAAAUGAGAAGUCAACAAGAAGUUUGAAUGAACUCAAUAAUUGGUUAAGUUUGAAUUAAAAUCUGAAAUUGCAAAUAAACCCCAUAGCUGUAUCUUUGGAUGAUGAUGCCAAUAAUUUCAAGAAUCAUCUUAAGAACAAUCAAUUGACUCAUUUUCAACAUUAUCGCUAUUCUCUGGGUUGGGAUUCUUCGAAUGCUUUUCAAAGAGCCAUGGAAUUGAAUUACCUUCCAAAGAUUGCAGUAGUAGGAAAGGAGAACGAAGUGAUUGAAGUGACUCGUAAGGCAAGGGAAGUAGAGAAUAUCAUUAAGACUUAUUGGGAAGCAGGAUCAGAAAGUGAGGAUGAUGGAAAAUACAGAGAACUUCUUGAGUAAUAGACCUUCAGAUUCAUCAAGAAGGCAUUGACUCAAUAAAUUGCAGAUCUUUUGUCUUAAAAUAAAAGUUUUGCUAAAAGUGACUUCAUCAGACUAUCUUUAACUAAAUGCUAUAAGAUUACUUAAGAUGGUUCUAAAGAAAUUGUAGAGAGAAGUCAUUUAAAAGUAUCUUAUGAGGUUUCAGUGUAAUCUACCUAAGCUAUUAAAUUGUUCUUAAAUAAUGUGACAGCUGUAUUAGGAAAAGACAAUGUUCAGGUGAAGAGAUCCAUAGUUAAGGAUCCAACAGGAAUGUUAGACAUGAUUACAAGUGGAUUUUAGGAUGUUCUUAAGAAAAAUUACAAAGUUAUCUAAGAAUAUACUAUAAGAUCUGAAUAUUUCAAUUACGUUCAUGAUAAGGAAGAAUUCCAACCUGAUGUCAAAGUAGUAUCAAAGAAAGCAAUUCAGAAUCUUACAUUUAAGGAAUAUCAGGCUAUCUAUGCUUAGGUGUUGCCUAUUUUCAAGAAAUAUCAAUAAGAAAUAGAUGAUAGUGAUGAUGAUUCUGAUAAUGACGAGGAGUAGGAGGAAGACAAGAGAUUGAUUUUCGAUAGAGUCAAUGAAUUGACAGAUUGUUUGAAAUCUGGUUUGGAAUUGAGUUUGGGAUAGCCAUUCCAAACAAUACAAAAUUAUCAUCCAUUUGGUAAAGAUCAAGUGGUUGACAUUGAACAUAAAGAUGAUUAGGUUUUGGUUGUGAUGUAUUGGGAUGAUAAUCAGUAAUGCAAUAGAUAGUUUACUUAAAUCCUCAAGGUGUUGUUAGUUAACGAGGAGAAAUUUAAGAACAAAGUUAGAUUGGUUGCUUUGAGUAAACAUAAGUAGGAAGCUUAUGAACUCUUCUUCUUGAAGAAUCAAGGCAUCGAAGAGGUGGUUGAAUUCUAUUUCCCAAGAGAAGAUAACCAAGCUGAUCAGGUUUAAUACAAUGUGAAAUCAUUCCCACAUUUCAUUGUAGUAGACAAAGUUGGGUCAAUCAGAAUUCAAUCAUAGGUUGAAGAUAUAGAAUCUAUCAUCACAUCCUAUAUUGAAGAAUCAAUUGACAGUCUAAAUUAGAAGGGACCAUUGAAUGAUGACGAAUAUAGUGAGAUCACUCAAUUCUUGUAUUCAGAUGCCAGAAAGAAAUUGUCACAACUCAAUAACAAACGAUAAUUCUCACUUAGUUUCAUCUUCAAAGAAAUCGAUCAAGGAGAGAAAGUAGUUAGAUUUGCUCCCAUCAUUGAGUACACAAUUAGAGAAGGCAAAUAGAAGUAUCUUGAUGCAUUCCUUGCUUUAUUGAAUAAGGUUGUUCCCUUAUCCAAUUUCUAAAUCAACCAAACUGUUCAAAGAACAUUGAAUCUGUUGUUCCCUGGAAAGGCAUGCAAACUAUGUCAAAAUGAACUCAACGAUCAAACCCAAUAAUAUUACAGUCCAUUCUCUGAUGAAUUCUAUUGCGUCAAAUGUGCAGAGGUCUUCGAUCCUAAAGCUGCUGGAUAUAAGAAAUUCAGAGUUCAAGACAAUUUGGUCUUCUUCAAUGCUCCCCUUGUUGACAAGUCAGUUCUAAAUGAUAUUGAUGUGUAUAGAGUGGGAAACAACCAAAAGGUCAAAAGAGGAGAUCAAUAUACUCAAAAUCAUGCCUUGGAUUGCAAUGGAUGUGACGGAGAUGUUAAAGGCUUCAGAUACAUCGUUUUGAAUUGUUUACCAGGAAAAGUGACUGAUUUAGCUUUGGUAGAUUUCUGUUAGGAUUGCUUCAAUGAAAUCAGAACUGGAGGACCUAGACUUGAGAAAAUCGUGAAGAGAACCAAGAUUUAUGGCUACAAUCCUUCUAUGCUGAUGUUGAGAGUGCCAUUUUAUAUGGGAUAUUAUGAUUAUUGAGUGGUAUGAUUCAUUACAAAAAAAUUACAAUCUUA